AUGGAGUUCCUCAGUGCCUAUUUAUUAACGCCGAGCUCGGUGAUCGUGGCAUUGUUGACGGUGCUUUUCCUGACUCAUCAAUCAUGGACACAUCUUUCUCGAUCAAAGAAAUCUUAUCAGAUCUCUGGCGGGUCCUCCAAGGUGGACGAUACAUACAAUUUGGUAGUUUCAAAGGAGCCCGAUGUCCCCGAGGGAUGGUGGUCUAGCCGUGAGGUCUUUGAGCUGGAGCGACGAGCUAUCUUUAGCAAGUCAUGGUUGUAUCUUGCACAUGUGGCUCAGUUCUGCAAGGCCGGGGCAUAUCAGUCUUUUGAUAUUGCUGGUUUUCCGAUCUUCUUGACCCGCGGCAAGGAUGAUAAGAUUCGCGCAUUUCACAAUGUAUGUCGUCACCGGGCAUAUACCAUCACCAGAAAAGAGACUGGAAUAUCUACUGUACUUGGUUGUCGCUACCAUGGCUGGAGUUAUGAUACUACCGGCCGACUCGUCAAAGCACCGCAGUUCGACGGUAUUCCUGGCUUUGAUAAGUCAGAGAAUGGUCUGUUUGAGAUCCACACGCAUACUACUGACCAUGGAAUGGUCUUUGUGAACCUCGAUUCCGGGGAGCUUAUUCCGUUUCCUAACUCUACAGCUUCGGAUAUAGACAGAUUUGCAAGCGCGGCUAGGCUUGGCUCAAAGUCGAGAUGGCUUGCGGGCCAGACGCUUACGGGGACGUUCAACUGGAAGUUUGGAAUGAGCCUUCAAUACCACCCAGUUGUUGCAGACCAGCUUGAGGAAAUCGUAUCAGCUGCGGCUUCACCUUCAGUAGCAACAAAGUUUUUGAAAUUCAUCCGACAGCAUAGCAGCAAAGCCAAAUCUCACAUUUUCCCUCGAAAUUUUUUUUAUUCAUUCGAAGACGGCCAUUUCUGGAUAUCCCUUUCUUUUAUCCCGGCAUCAGAAUCAACUACACAGGUCCGCUAUGACAUGUUCGGCCUAUCGUCGACCACCGGGAACAACGAGGGUGAACUCACAAAUUCUAUCGCGGAAGCCAUCAAGAACAUCUUGCAGAAAAUCGAGACUGAAUUCUCAUCCGUUACUCCUGGGUCUCUUGAUAGUAGUUCCAAUACUAGCCAGAUUCUAGAUCAGCUUCAAGGACACCUGAGACUUGAGAAGAAGAACGGUAGCCAGAUUCUUCCCGCGAUGCGUCAACCCAAGGGGAGCUCUUUGUUCCAACAAGCCGAGCAGCUGUGCAAGGAUAUCGAUUGUGCCGGCUCUGGCUCUCGAUCGGGUAGUGGCUCGAAUGGACUCGACUGGUGA